AUGAGCGCGCCAAAUUUGAUUCGAGUUUGUGUGUGUGUGUGGCCCCCGACCAAAACGAUCAGCACCUUCCGGCAACCCGCGCUCCGCCCCCGCAUAACUUACGAUCUUUCGCGUAAGAUGUUUCGGGAAGAGGAUGUGCAAAUGUCGAGUUUACCAGUAAUUACCACCGCCGGAUUUAAUGGUCUGAUCAAUCCAGCUAGUAUUCUCAAUGGUGCCCGAGAGAGCAACGACGCUGGCGAUACAGAUAGACAGUGCUCGACUGACAGGUCGAUCUCGGCCACUCCCUCACAGAGCGGAGACGAUCAGCACCAGGAUUUGGACGAUGAUCCGAUGAGUGGGAUGAUGGUAAAUGGAUCCACCGUCGACUCCACCUCACAGCAACAGGUCACGCCUCUGUCAUUGUCACAGGAAGUGGCGGAACUGAAGAACAACUUUGUUUACAUAUCCCAUCAGAUGACUCGAAUUAUGCGUUCGUUGCAUGUGACGCCAUGCAUGUGCGACACAUGUGGUCCAAAGCACAACUCGAUGAACGACACUCGGCCGAAGGAAGAGGUGUCGCAUGUGCUGUCUGCGAUUUUUCCCGGGGCGACUCCACAGCAGUUGUCAGGCUUAGCUGAUUUGACAAAGUUGAACCGAACUCCCGUUCCACCACCGCAACGGAUGGGAGCUGGAUACGCCGGUCAUCCUGGUGGCGGAAAGCUCACUGCUGCACCUGCAGACAGAAGAGUUGUAGCCGAAUACGCUAGAGCGUACGGUGGCGCAGCUGCAGCGAAACGAUUCGGCAUUCCACCACCUGUUUCUACUUACUAUCAAAAGAAAGAUGGAAAUACGAUACUUGCUGGCGCCGUAACCGCAUCACCUGGACCAUCAUCGGAAGGAGAAGCUGAAGUUGUAGCUCAAGUUCAGUGUAAUCCAGACAAUAAUAUUCCUACUCCAUCUCAACUGAAUCCUGCCUCACUCCCUAGCAUCAAUAAUCCCAUGUCUGUACUUCAACAGCCUCCCACUCCAAGCGCUCUACCUUCCUCACAACCUCAAGCAGCUGUAGCGGCAACAGCUUCCGCACCACCACCUGGCCAAGCCGCUUCAGGAAUGUUCACGCCAGCUAUGGUGGACAUGAUACGAAUGAACGCAGCCCAUGCGACGGGAUCUCCUGGUUUCUUGCGAGGACGAGGACGAGGACGACCGAAAUUGAUUGGUGAUGAAUUGGACGCUGAUCUUGUGGAUUACAUGGUUACGGUUAAACAAGCUGAUCCACACGGUCAUUUGACUGCAUCACAAGCGCUCAUCAUUGCUAAACAAUACAUCCUUGAGAAGGCACCAGGGCUACUGGAGGAACACGGAGGCCACGUAAAACUGAAGCUUACCUGGGCGAUGAAGCUGGUGUCAAGAAUUGCUGAGAGGCAAAAAGAAAUGGAGCUAGGCUUGCCCGCUGGCAGUCUUUCGAAUAUGGGCCGACAUCAGCUGAAUAGUCUAAACAAUUCGUUAACUGGCGGUGGAUUUAUGGCAGACAUGAUGACUCAGAAUAUUCUAAGUCAUCAUAUGAUGAUGAACAUGAACUCACAGAUUAAACAGGAACCGCCUGCUGUUGGUGCCGUAACGGAAGAACCGAAGGAGGAAAUGCAACCGACAGUUGGUGCUCCAGAAAUCCUUAGCAUCAAAGAGCUGAAUUUGCCAUUCCUCAACAGCCUUUUCGGAUGUUCAGAUGAGAAUUCCGGGGUAAUUGAGGGUGAACUACCUGCAGAUAAUGAUCAGGAAAUGAACCUCACCGGCACGGCCACCUCGAAUUGA